CCCGGGCGCCCCGCGCGCGCCCGCCCGCGCCGCCGCGGGGAUGCCCGCGCCCGCCGCCGCGCCCUGAGCGCCUUUGUCUGCCGCCCGCGCCGCCCGCCGCACCACUGGCCUCGCGGGCCUGCGCCGCGGCCGGGGGCGCGCCCAUGAAGAUGGAGCCGGGCCGGCCGGCCUUCCCCGCGGGCGGCCCGUGCCCCGACGCCGAGCCUGGCGGGCCCGACCGGCCGGGGGCCGACCCCGCCCCGCGCCCGGAGCCCGGCCCCCCGGAGGCCGCGGCCUGCGCCGAUGCCGGGGCGGACCUGAGCGCCGGGCGAGCCCCGGGGCCGGACGCGCGCCCCGAGAGCGCCUGGGCACCUGCCCCGGGCCCAGGCACCUCUUACCUGCUGCCGGCCCGAGCCGCCUGCGCGGACCCCGGCCGUCAGCUGCCGGAACUCGGCCCGCUUCUGUCCUGGACUGAGGAGCCAGCGGAUUACGGAGCCCCGGUUCGCCCGGAGAGCCCCUCUCUCCGCGUGCAGGGUUCCAGGCACAGCCGGCACGUGAGGGGCGAGGUCGACUUCUUCCCCGGCUUCCCCUCGCCCGCGGUGGGCGAGCUGACGCUCGACGUGGGUCCCGGGCAUCCGGACCGGCCCUCGGACUUCAGCCAGACCUGCCCGCUCCCGAGCGAGCCCGCGGCGUGUCCGGAGGACGGCCCCCGCCUUCGAGCCGUGUUCGACGCCCUGGACGGCGACGGGGACGGCUUCGUCCGCAUCGAGGACUUCGUCCAGUUCGCCACGGUCUACGGGGCAGAGCAGGUGAAGGACUUAACGAAAUACCUGGACCCCGGUGGGCUUGGCGUGAUCAGUUUUGAGGACUUCUGUCGAGGGAUCACCGCGAUCAGGAACGGAGAGUCCGAUGGCCAGCUGUGCGCGGUCACACCCGCCCAGGACGAGGAGCCGCCCGCCUGCCCUGAUGAGUUCGACGACUUCGUUACUUUCGAGGCCAACGAAGUGACAGACAGCGCCUACAUGGGGUCUGAGAGUACCUACAGCGAGUGUGAGACCUUCACCGACGAGGACACGAGCACCCUGGUGCACCCGGAGCUGCAGGCCGAAGGGGACGCGGACAGCGCUGGGGGCUCAGCCGUGCCCUCCGAGUGCCUGGACGCCAUGGAGGAUCCUGGCCACGGCGCUCUGCUGCUGCUCCCAGGCAGAUCGCAGCUGCACAGCCAGUCUGUCGUCACGGUGAUAGGUGGUGAGGAGCAUUUUGAGGACUAUGGCGAGGGCAGCGAGGCGGAGCUGUCCCUGGAGACCCUCUGCAACGGGGAGCAUGGCUGCAGAGACCCCGCUUUCCCUACCCCCAGCACCGACCCGCUGGCCGCAAAGCUGCACUGCAUCCUCACUGACGAGGCUUUUGAGUUUUACUGUAGCCAGUGCCACAAGCAGAUCAACCGCCUCGAGGACCUUUCUGCUCGCCUCAGUGAUCUCGAACAGAAUAGUCCAGCGAAGCGGCUCUCCAGCAGGAAGGUGGCAAGGAACCUGCACCAGUCAGCAGCCCUGACCAUGGACACCCUGCAGGACCCAGCCCCGGACCCAGUGGAGUGCAUGGAGGAGGACAUUGCGGAUAAGGUUGUCUUUCUGGAGAAGCGGGUGUCGGAGCUGGAGAAGGACACUGCUGCCAACGGGGAGCAACACAGCCGGCUGAGGCAGGAGAACCUCCAGCUUGUGCACAGAGCCAAUGCCCUCGAGGAGCAGCUGAAGGAGCAGGAGCUUCGAGCCUGCGAGGUGGCGCUGGAGGAGGCCCGGCGGCACCGGGAGCUCCUGUGCAAGAUGGAGCGGGAGCGGAGCAUCGAGGUGGAGAGCCUGCAGGCCAGGCUGCAGCAGCUGGACGAGGAGAAUGGGGAGCUGAGGUCCUGCACGCCCUGUCUGAAGGCCAACAUUGAGCGCCUGGAGGAGGAGAAGCAGAAGUUGCUGGAUGAGAUCGAAGAGCUGUCCCUGCGGCUCAGUGACGAGCAGGAGAACAGGAGGAAGCUGGGGGACAGGCUGAGUCACGAGAGGCACCAGUUCCAGAGGGACAAGGAGGCAACCCAGGAGCUGAUCGAGGACCUGCGGAAGCAGCUGGAGCACCUGCAGCUCUUCAAGCUGGAGGCCGAGCAGCGGAGGGGCCGCGGCAGCAGCGUGGGCCUGCAGGAGUACAACAGCCGCACCCGCGAGAGCGAGCUGGAGCAGGAGGUCCGCCGGCUGAAGCAGGAUAACCGUAACCUGAAGGAGCAGAAUGACGAGCUCAAUGGGCAGAUCAUCAACCUGAGCAUCCAGGGCGCCAAGAACCUCUUCUCCACGUCCUUCUCGGAGUCCCUGGCUGCGGAGAUCAGCUCCGUCUCCCGAGAUGAGCUCAUGGACGCGAUUCAGAAGCAGGAGGAGAUCAACUUCCGGCUGCAGGAUUACAUUGACCGGAUCAUCGUGGCCAUCAUGGAGACCAACCCAUCCAUCCUGGAGGUCAAAUAGAGGCAGGAAGGCCCGGCCUGGUGGGCCCAGGACCCCACCCACACUCAGGAGAUGGCCACGGCACGCCCGCGCCUGAGACCAGUGGCUGGGGGCGCAGUGACGGGUCUGCAGAAGGAGAAGGAACGGGAGCCCGGGGCUGGGGCCCACACAGGAGAGGGUGGGGCUGGGCUGCUCUCUGCAGAGACGCGGAGACUACGUCUCCAGCUCAGGUGAGCCCUUCUGGGAGCUCCCUCCCAUGUGGCAGACCCCGCUGCUGCCUACCCAUCAGGGAAGGAAGGAAGGAUGUGUCCCCACCAGGGUGCUUCUGCAUGAUCUGCUCAGAGGCCGUCACGCGACGGCACGGCAGCCCCAGGACCCUCUCGAUAGACGCGGUGGCAUGGGGAGUACAGGCAGCCGAGGCGUGCGCGUCAGGGUCUGGCUAGGAGCUGCGGGGGUCCCAGCUUUCCCGGGGCCGGCUCCCAUCCAAAGGAUCACUUCGGUCCAGCGCCUGACCCUCCCGUGGAGGCUGGGGCAGGAGCCUCCCUUUUGAAAUCAGGACUUGAGAGUCUCACCACGCGUAGCAUGCUC